UCAUUGUUUCGCUCCAGCAUUAACCACAUUCCAGAGAGACGCAGUGCACCCUGUGUACUUCCUCGCAUUCCUUCUACAGAAACGAGUCCCGUGCGCUUAAUUUAAUACGGAGAUGUUUUGCCUCGGUUUGACUGAACAUCUGUUGAGUUGCCUAGGAAUUCUUAGCACAAGUAUUUUGCAUGACUUGGGAUUUUACAACAACAAUGUUUGGGAAAACAAGCAAAAUCAACGGAAGAAAAUUCCUCCGCGGAGCGCGCCAUUGACUGUAAAGACCUUUCAACUUAACAAAAACUGAAAUUGACAAACGUCUCCUGUUGUUCAAACUUUGUUUAACGGGUGUAUCGCCAUAUCUUCGAAGGCGGGGGACAUGCAUUCAAAGGAGAUUGCAGACAAGACUUGUAGUUUUUGUGAAAUAGCGCAAACCAUGGAUCACUAUGAGGAUGAAUUGGGACAUAGAGCUAGUAAAUUAAUGGAGGAUCUAUCGUUGUACGAACCGUAUCAAGAUGGAAUUUUUACUUCAAGAGAGGGGAUGGCAAUCAAUCCUGAUUUGGAUUUCCCGACUCCAGUGAUAACUGAACAGAAAAGUAAGCGAAUGAAUGGUAGCUCGGCGCCUCAUCAACAGCUUCACUCUGUGGAAAAUUACAUGUCCGUGAAUAAAGUGUAUAACGCGGCUCCUGUGCGCUCUGUGAACGGUAAUCGAAACGUGCCUUUGGAUUUUUGUACCCCUCAAAGAGAUGCUGGUUACAUUGAAGAUGGCUAUUGCACCAAAUCAGAAGUUGCGCUCCCGUGCUACAGUGGAGGAGCGUCAGAGCGACAUAGGAGAUACUCCUUGGAGGUGCAGGGACACAGGUACAGCACCGGCUGCGCGUAUGAUGGUGUUGUGUUGAAUAAGCAAGUACCAUUAUCGGGUAGUAGAAGCAAUAGUGUCUGUGUUGGCACUAACCACGAUGGCAGGUACAAUGCAACCAGCCCACGGUCCAGUUUAGCCUCGUCUUUGUCCUCUCAGGAGCAAAGUAAACAUUCAAGCCCGAGAUCCAGUGUCAGCAGUCCUCGGACAAGUUUAGUUGUACCUGGACAGGACAAGUAUACCAGUCCCCGAUCAAGUCUGGUGCACUGUGAUGGGUCGAGUGCGCUUAGCCCCCGGUCUAGCUAUGCAAGCACAGCCAGCGACACAAGUAAACAUUCCAGCCCGAGGGCCAGUCUGAACAGCUAUGACUGUGGUAGUAAACCAAGUAGCAACCGCACUAGUGGUAUUAGUAUGGGGUAUGAUCAAAGACAUAUUAGCCCGAGGUCGAGCACGGCAAGCCAGUACAGCACCACAAGUCCUCGGUCUAGCUAUUCUGACUCUAGAUACAUGCCCCCAACUAACCACGACCUGGAGGCUGCGGUGGUGCACGGCAUGCCUGUAGCCAGCCCUCGCUCAAGCAUCUGCAGCCAGGAAGGAAAUGUAAGACCUGGCGUGGCGGCUAACUGUGUCGUGAGCCCUCGUUCCAGCAUAUCCAGUCACAGCUCUAGAAGUUCCCGCAGCUCAAGGGGAUCUAUGAGCACAUACCCAGAACUUCAGCUUCCCUCGCCAAGGUCUUCAAUGCUGGGACCUGGUUUACAGGAGGACGCAUUGAUUGAGGACUUUGGGGACACCAAUGGUCUCCAAAACCGAGUACAUCUUCAAACAUUCCCAGUAAUUCAAGAGCCACAACAACAGUCCCAACAGCUGUCAACACAGCUUGGAAUUAACACUGAUGUGAGCACUGGCCAACCAACAUCUUUUAAUUACAGCAUAACCUCUAAAAGUCAAACUGCAGGACAAAGGUUUAAGUUGCCUUACCAGGUUACCCCAUGUCGGGACAGUGGACCAAGCCAAGCCGAGAGGCGGCUUGAGGCGCUCACCUUGGAGCUGGAAAAGGAACUAGAGAUGCACAUGAAAAAAGAAUAUUUUGGUAUCUGCAUCAAAUGUGGGAAGGGGGUGUACGGAGCCAGCCAAGCCUGCCAGGCCAUGGGCAACCUCUACCACACCAACUGCUUCACCUGCUGCUCUUGUGGGAGACGACUGAGGGGGAAAGCCUUCUACAACGUGAACGGGAAGGUCUACUGUGAGGAGGACUUUUUGUACUCUGGCUUCCAGCAGACAGCGGAAAAAUGCUUUGUGUGUGGUCACCUCAUCAUGGAAAUGAUCUUGCAGGCACUGGGCAAGUCCUACCACCCCGGCUGUUUCCGCUGUGUGGUCUGCAAAGAGGGCCUGGAUGGUGUGCCAUUCACAGUGGAUGUAGAGAAUAACAUCUACUGCGUGAAGGACUACCACACGGUUUUUGCACCAAAAUGUGCCUCCUGUAAUCAACCCAUCCUGCCUGCUGAGGGCUCUGAGGAGACCAUUCGUGUUGUGUCAAUGGACAAGGACUACCAUGUGGAGUGUUAUCACUGUGAGGACUGUGGGCUCCAGCUGAAUGAUGAGGAGGGCCAUCGCUGUUACCCUCUGGAGGGUCACCUGCUGUGUCACGGGUGCCAUAUCCACCGGCUGAAGGCCCAGGCGCCCGCUCACCCUCCCCCCAGCUACCCCCUGCACGUCACUGAGCUGUGAGCAACCCCGGGCAAAGGAGAGAGAGAGGGAGAGAUGGAGAGAGAGAUGAAGAGAUGCCAAGCACUGAAGGGGAGGAAUUAACUAUUUGAGCAACCAUUUUUUCCACCUUGUGGAGAAAAGGAGUGGACACAAAGUCCUCAUUUCAACA